ACCAAACAAGGCGAUGGUGGUCGUGAAAACACCCAAGUGAUAAGUGGUUCCUCAGCCGGUUUCAGCUGUUCCCAAUCUCUCGCAACUCGAAGACUCCUCCACCCCUCCCUCACUCCCUCCCUCACUCCCUCCCCAUAUUCAUAUUGGCCCAUCAUCAAUCAGCAAUGGCGGCCAUCUUAGCUCGCAAAUCUCUCUUCGCUCUUCGCUCUCGUCACCUUGCCUUGGCCGGACAAACAUUGCAUAACCCGAACCAUUAUGGUAUGGCAUUGGCUACACGUUCAUUUGCCACAAAACAGUCAUUUUCUACUGAUAAAGAUGAUGAAGAAAGGGAGAAACUCGCUAAGGAGAUUUCUAAGGAUUGGAGUUCUGUGUUUGAACGAAGCAUAAAUACUUUGUUUCUCACUGAAAUGGUUCGUGGUCUGAUGCUCACGCUCAAGUAUUUCUUCGACCCGAAAGUUACUAUCAAUUAUCCAUUUGAGAAAGGCCCUUUGAGCCCUCGUUUUCGCGGUGAACAUGCACUCCGACGUUAUCCCACUGGAGAGGAGCGGUGCAUUGCCUGUAAACUCUGCGAAGCUAUUUGCCCAGCUCAAGCUAUCACAAUUGAGGCUGAGGAGCGUGAAGAUGGAAGCCGUAGAACGACCAGGUAUGAUAUCGACAUGACAAAGUGCAUCUACUGUGGAUUCUGCCAAGAGGCAUGCCCUGUUGAUGCCAUUGUUGAAGGACCCAAUUUUGAAUUUGCAACAGAGACUCACGAGGAGCUUCUAUAUGAUAAAGAGAAGUUGCUUGAGAAUGGAGACCGAUGGGAAACUGAAAUUGCAGAGAAUCUCAGAUCAGAGAGCCUUUACCGUUGAUUACUCUGAUGAUUGAACUCUCUAUCGAACUCUCUGAUUCCUGCCUAGCUUGUACUUGAAUUUUUCUGAAUUCUGAUAAAUGUAAUAAAUAAAUAGAUCUGUCCAUACCUCAAUCAUUUGUUUGGCUAUUGGAUUUUUGAUGCAGUUAAACUCUUUUUGUUAAAUUUCUCUACCCAACAUGGGUUAAUGUUGACUAUCAAGUGAAGUACCCAAGCUUUUGUUUGUGAUAUUAAAUAACACUUGCAAUAAUUUUUUA